AUGAACCUCAUUGAAUGUGCUGUGUUGCACGAGAAAUCCAGAAGCGUUCGCGAACAUGAGGUGAAACUGCAUCUUUACAGUAAGAUGCCACCAAGAACGCGCUCAGGCCGGAGUGAGAAGCUGGCAAAUGAGCGCCUUAUGCUUGCAGGACCCGUCAACAUCUCUGGAUUUCCAUCGCUCCCCGUCGAACUCCUUCUCGAGGUCACCUCUCACCUUCUUCGCGUCCCCAUCCCCUCCUACAAGCAGUCUGUCUAUCAUGCGCGCUAUCUCGCACAUCAUAACACCCUCCGUUCUCUUUCCCAGUCUUGUAGAUCCCUUCGCAGCAUUUUCUUGCCCCACGUCUGGCGGCGCAUCGAAGUCUGCGCCAGCAAGUGGAUCGACAACGAGAGGGAUUUAGGCCGUAAUAUCCUCAAAAUCAUCUCCAAAGAUAUUGCAACGGAAUUAGUGCGCCAGUUAGAGAUUGUGACCAUUCGAGAUCCAACGUUGGCGCAAUACGUUCAGGUUGUAAACGUUAUAUUACAGAGCUACUGUUACGAUACAGUUCUAGCCGAACUCGCCCGGUGUUUGGCGCUUUUCCCUAACCUUCACACUUUCCAAGCCCUUGGGCUCGGGAUGCACAGGGCGGAAAUAACCUAUAAAGUGUUCAGAGGUCUAAAAUUUCCUCAAAUCCUUACUUUGGUGGUGCCUUCGACUGGUCAUUAUAUCCUGCCAGCUUUCCCCAACGUGAAAGCUGUCACUUGCAUUGGCGCAUGCCCCGAGGUAUUCUGGGGGACUCUCUUUGCGCAUUGCCCCAACGUAGUUUCGCUUGGAACCUUCGAAGGCACAGAUUUCGUUGCAGAGCGACUCCCUAACCUUGAAAAGAUAACAUUCGACAUUCGCAACCCAACUCUCACUCCGGAGGCAAUCUCCAAUCUGUCUGCGCUCAAGCGGCUCCACACAGUUUGUUUUGACGUCAACGAGGGAUAUCACCUCACACCGGGCAACACUGGCAACUGGUUCACAAUCAUAGAUUUCAUGCAUAAGAGGAAGGCGGUUAUGGUCGCUUUUCAAAAUAUCCCACAACGGGAUGAGUUUCAGAAAAGAUUGGUUGUUAAAUAUGAGCGCCAAUCCGAAGUUUACAUGUUCGAUGCCACACCAUCUUGA